CUCUCUGUAAUUCUCAGGUUACGGUGGCCGGAGUUUGCAGACAUCCCUAGCGUCCCCCCUUCUUCCCCUGCCUUCUGUCCUUGUCCCUGCCUCCAGCCUGGGAAGAGCCACCCAGCGACCUCUCUGAUUGGACCCGCUGGUUUGUCUUGACACGGCUCGAGCGGUGCGAGCCCGGAGGACGUGUUUCAACAGAUGGUUAGGGCUUGGUGUGUCAUCACAUCGAAGAAAGGAUUAGAGGAGGAAGGUUGUCCUCCGGGAGCUGUGUGGUCCCCACUUACAGCAGCGCAGCUUCAGGAGAGAGCGCAAAGUGAGGACGCCAGGUCCUCGCUUCGUCUUCAGCACCAGACGACUAAACUCCUGCGUGUGUGUGUCAGAUCUGCUCAUAAGAAGCUCCGGAGCACAGCAGCAGCAUCCUCUCUCUCUUCCAUCAUGAAGGCUGAGUGCCUGGCCUUGCUGUUGGCACUUGCUCUGGCCGCUCCACUGUCCUGCUCAGCCUCCACCACACGGAGUCAGAGCCUUCGGGGCCGAGUGCAGCGCGAUCGCCGUAACAUACGCCCCAACAUCAUCCUCAUCAUGACCGAUGACCAGGAUGUAGAGCUGGGCUCAUUGCAGGUGAUGAAUAAAACUCGCAAAAUCAUGGAGGAAGGAGGCACAGCAUUCACAAACGCCUUUGUGACCACCCCCAUGUGCUGCCCGUCCCGCUCGUCCAUGCUGACAGGAAAGUACGUUCACAACCACAACACCUACACCAACAACGAGAACUGCUCCUCUCCUUCAUGGCAGGCACAGCACGAACCUCGUUCCUUCGCUGUCUACCUCAACAACACAGGCUACAGGACAGCUUUCUUCGGGAAAUACCUCAACGAGUACAACGGCAGCUACAUUCCUCCUGGGUGGCGCGAGUGGGUGGGACUCAUCAAAAAUUCCCGCUUCUAUAAUUACACAGUCUGUCGGAACGGCUACAAGGAGAAGCAUGGUGCAGAAUAUGCCAAGGACUACUUCACAGAUCUGAUCACCAACGACAGCAUCAACUUCUUCCGCAUGUCAAAGCGCAUGUAUCCACACCGGCCGGUUAUGAUGGUGAUCAGUCAUGCAGCACCACAUGGUCCAGAAGAUUCGGCACCCCAGUAUGCAGAGUUCUUCCCCAAUGCUUCCCAGCACAUCACACCCAGCUACAACUAUGCUCCUAACAUGGACAAGCACUGGAUCAUGCAGUACACUGGCCCCAUGAAGCCUAUCCACAUGGAGUUCACCAACUUCCUUCAGCGGAAACGACUGCAGACUCUGAUGUCCGUAGACGACUCUGUGGAAAAGAUAUACAACACACUAGUGGACACAGGAGAGUUGGACAACACCUACAUCAUCUACACAGCAGACCACGGUUACCACAUUGGACAGUUUGGUCUGGUCAAGGGGAAAUCGAUGCCUUACGACUUUGAUAUAAGAGUCCCGUUUUUUGUGAGGGGACCAAAUGUGGAACCUGGAACCAGGAACAAUCAACUUGUCUUAAACAUCGAUCUGGCGCCUACGAUCCUGGACAUCGCAGGUCUGGAUACUCCUUCCGAUAUGGACGGCAAGUCCAUUCUGAAGCUUCUGGAGCAGGAGAAGACUAACAAUAGAUUCAAACUAAACCGCAAACCUAAGGUCUGGAGAGACACAUUCCUUGUGGAGAGAGGCAAAAUCCUGCGCAAGAAAGAAGAGACCACGAGCAGCGUGAGCCCAGCACAAACCAACAGUCUGCCCAAGUACAAGAAGGUCAAGGAGGCAUGCCAGCAAGCCGAGUUUCAGACGCCCUGCGAGCAGCCUGGACAGAAAUGGCACUGUGUAGUGGACGUUACGGGGAAGUGGCGCCUGCAGAAGUGUAAAGGAAGCUUGAAGGCAACGUCCAGGAAGAGGGCCCGUAGCCUGAGACUGCGCUCCUACGGCGCCCGGGGGAAAGAGUGCCAUUGUGAAGACAGAGCUUAUAAAACACCAAAGAGCGAACGGCGAGCUCACAGACAUCUCUCACAGAGCAGCAGACCACGUUACAGGCCGCGUUUCGUCCACACACGACACGCACGCUCGCUGUCCGUAGAGUUCGAGGGUGAGAUUUAUGCCGUGGACCUGCAGGAAGACGACAGGUUGGCUUCAGAACCCCGACCAAUCAGCAAGCGCCAUUACGAACCCGAAACCUCCUUCGACACUGACUUCGAUCUGGAGUCGGACGACGCUUCAGAGGAGAUGCUGGCUGACGAUACUAACGCCGUCGGCUACCCAAAUUCCCUCAAAGUCACACACAAGUGCUACAUCCUGCUAAACGACACCGUGCACUGCGAAAGAGAGAUCUACCAGUCGUCCAAAGCCUGGAAAGAUCACAAGAGUUUCGUCGACCAGGAGAUUGAGCUGCUCCAGGAUAAAAUGAAAAAGUUACGGGAAGUCCGCGGGCACCUGAAGAGCAGAAAGCCAGAUGAGUGUGACUGCGGAAAGAAAAGAGAAACUGUGCAGGAGGUGGACAGCAAGGUUCAGCUCUAUAACGAGAUCCGCCGAAAGAAGAAAGAGAGGAAGGAGAGGAAGAGGCAAAGGAAGGGAGACGACUGCAGCCUGCCUGGCCUCACCUGCUUCACUCACAACAAUGACCACUGGCAGACCGCCCCCUUCUGGAACUUGGGAGGUUUCUGUGCCUGCACCAGCUCCAAUAACAACACAUACUGGUGUCUGAGGACCAUAAAUGAGACCCACAACACACUCUUCUGCGAGUUUGCAACUGGAUUCCUCGAGUACUUCGAUCUGAACAGCGACCCUUAUCAGUUGAGCAAUGCGGUUUACACGGUGGAUCGAGACGUCCUGAACCAGCUCCACCUGCAGCUGAUGGACUUGAGGAGCUGCCAGGGUCAUAAGCAGUGCAACCCCAGAGCCAAAAGCACAGACACAGCACACAGCCUGCAUGGGACGGGCGCCGAGCUUAAGCUGCCCAACUUCACUGAGGACGCCAACUGGCAAGGACUGGCACAACUGUACAGCGUGAACGAGAGUCUGUUUGAGCACAGACACGACUACAGUCCCAGCCUGGAAGACUGGGCCAACUUUGCGAAGGAUGUAGAUAGUAUGUUUGCACUGCUGAGCAAUUUAAAGAAACUGAACCGAACUGAGAAGCUGGAACCAUGGGCAGACCUGGGGUCAGGGGCUGGUGGUCUGGAGGAAGCCAGCGGAGCAGGAGUCGCUGAGCAAGUAGAGUGGCGAAUGGUGCCCACUUCAGGACCUCUAAAACCUACCCCCAUGACCCCUUUGACUCCUCCUCAGUGGACCCGUCAAUCAGCCAAUGAGCUCCCAGACGGACUUCCUACUAAACCUUCGAAACAUCGGGAAAACCUGCAGCCUCAGAACCUGCAGAACGAGCUGGAUCAAGAUGACUUGAGCUUCAGUGGGAACGGACUCACCGAGCUGGAAACGCGCCACGAUUUUCUGUUCAGCAGCUCUGCCCUGGAAGCGGCGCGAGAUCUCAGCAGAGCGCGAGGAGAAAAAGGAGGACGUCUCGCAGAAAAAGAGGAUGAGGAGGACAUCUUUGAGGCCCAGAUCUACCUACCAGCCAGACUUCCAUCCCAAGCAGAGGAGACUGCUCCAUCCCAACGUCCACUCCGAAAUCUCCAAACACUCCAUGCCCACGAGCCCCAUGACUCUCUGGAUUCAGAAGGCAGUGGUCUGCCAGUUUCCCCUUCCAGCACAUUGCUCUGACAAAAAAAAAAAGACCCAAAGCCAUUUAUCCUCAGAGACACUAAGUGCUGGACCUUAGAGAUUGGGCUAAAUAUUGUAUUAUAAACUGUAAUUUUAUUGUUUUAAUUUUUUUUUUUUUUUUUUUUUUUUUUUGUGCUUUCAUUUAUUAGAAAUCAGUGUUAUGUAUUUUGUAAGACAUACCUAUAUAUAUAUAUUUAGAGAUCAAGAGCCUUAAUGCAACAUAAUGUUGGGUUUCUGUACAUUUCUAGUGGAGAACACCAACAGAGCUGUAAUGUAUUUUUGUAAAGGAUCCUCAAGUUGGUGAAACCAUUGCACUCAGACAUCCAAGAACCACAAAAAACAGUUGUGAAAGGUUUAAUGCACUUUCUCCAACACUGACCACCUUAACAGUACACAGAGGACACCAGGCUUUAGCCUGAGAGCAACCAGAAAGAAUCUGCAACGUUAUCUAUAAUAUAUCUCUAAAAUUCCUGGAAGAGAAGGUUAGGAGGAGGGUUACAGUUCUAAUGUCCAUUUUUUUCCCCUUAUUUUUUUUCCCCCACACGGUUCAGAUUUUUAUGCAUUCAGUGUCUUGUUUUUUAAAAGAAGGUGUGUUUUCUGUUUAAUUGCACAACACAUGUAGGUUUACAGUAUUACUCUCUGCUUGAGCACGUUUUUAGUCACGUCACCGAGAGAUUUUAUGGUGAAAAAUGGGUUUGUUUCAUUCUGUAGCUGUAAUUACUUUAUAUAUAAUACAUGCAUGCAUGCACACACACACACACACACACACACACACACACACAUAUACAUACAUACAUACAUACA